UCGCCGGGGGAAGUUAGCCAGAGCCGUCAUGGCCGCCGCCUGCUGGAGGUUCCUGGAGCAGGCGGGUGUGAGGGCCUUCGCUAGGGCGUCCGCCGCCCGGCCCGGAGCGCGCUGCCGGUGCUUCUCUUCCUCUGGACUUCUGAGGGCUAACAGUGGAGAACCUACAAAAUUUCAGCCACCUCCAAAGCCAGUUGUUGUUGACAAACAUAAAGAGGUAGUAGAGAGAAGGUUCUUGAGUCCUGAAUUUAUUCCCCCCAGAGAGAGAACAGAUCCUCUUAAAUUCUAUAUUGAAAGAACUGACAUGAUACGAAGGCGAAAAGUGCUCGACAUUCCAGAGUUCUAUGUUGGAAGCAUCCUUUCUGUUACCACAGCAGAUCCAUAUGCCAGUGACAAAACCAGCCGUUUUGUAGGAAUUUGCAUUCAAAGAGGAGGAAAAGGACUUGGUGCUACCUUUGUGCUUCGGAAUAUUAUAGAAGGGCAGGGUGUUGAGUUUUGCUAUGAACUGUACAAUCCUCGAAUCCGGGAGAUCAAGGUUUUGAAGCUGGAGAAGAGACUAGAUGACAACCUGAUGUAUUUACGGGAUGCUUUUCCUGAAUAUAGUACUUUUGAUGUGAACAUGAAACCUGUGCCCCAUUCAGCUAAUGAUGAAAUUCCUGUAAACCAGCUGAAGGUCAAAAUGAAACCUAAACCCUGGACAAAACGUUGGGAACGACCAAAAUUUAACAUUCAAGGAAUCCACUUUGAACUACCUGAAGAAACGAUGAAAGAAGCACAAAAGUGGAGCAAGCCCUGGAUACAGUUUGAUAUGCUGCGAGAAUACGAUACUUCAAAAUUAGAGAAGGAAAUAUGGAAAGAAGUGAAUGAAGAGCUAAAAAAAUGAUACUGCUUUUAUAUGGUAGAUUACUGAGGAGGGAGGCCACCUGAAUUUUUUAAUAUACAAUUCCUCAAUUGUGUAAGAUUUGUGUACAAUAAAGUAGUACAUUUGUGU